CACUGAGGUCAGCUGGCACGGCUGGAUCCUUUAAGAGCCUGCGUCGAGCACAGAGGAGUUUUAGAAGAUUACAUUUAAGAUUGUUUUGUUUUUCUGACAGGUUUUGUCCUUUUCAGUCUUUAAGACAUCUCCAGUGCUGAAAUGUCAGUUUAAUUCUGAUAAAGUCAAAAUAAUACAGAUGUAUCUUAAUGUUUCAUGUUACAGACAGUAAAUGGGAGACUUUUAGUUUCACUUUUGAACACCAGAAUUCCCCCUAAAACUCCUCAGUACAACAGUUUGACCUUGGCUGCCAGUGAGGAAUGCAGGUUCAGCUUGUGUAUGUGUAUUCGGCCUAUGUUGUUCACUGCGGGUUAUUUACCGACCUUCAGGCUAAUUAUUAACGCAACAUUAAAAGUUCCGUGUGAGGCGGUGUUAAUCAAAUCAUAUGAAGGACUGCUUACAGCAGGAAACCUUUGACGUGACCUUUUUUAUUUUUUCUGUCAGGGAAUACGAAAUCAAACCAGGCCAUUGGUUUCAGUGUCUAAUCACCUGUGUUCUGACUCAUGCUGUUUGAUAAUGGUCUGUGAAGACUCCAGGCCUAAUCCUCUGAGGCACCCUCACAUCCUCCUGUGGGGCAGCCAUUCACCGGGGCCAGGUGGGGAGGAGUUUUUCCCAAGGAAAUCGGUGUAAGACUCCCUCCCUGUCUCCCAGCUGCCACUGGGGGAAGGACUUCAUUGCCAGAGGUUGUGAAGGGGUGUUGGAUGAGGAAGCUCUGAGUGGAUCUUGAGUGGCGGAAGGGUUUUAUUGAGAUGUAGGGAGAAGCAAGAUUUCCUCUUAUCUCCUGAGUGAAACAUGGCCACACACACUGUUCUCGUGGCUCUGAAGAAUCAGUUAGCAGAUUAGCAGUAGUCUAGAGCUGAGGCCUCCGCUAUGGAAAAAGGAUUUGUAGUUGGUGAGGUAACCUGUUUUUAACUAGGGGUUUUUACCAGGAUACAAUGCCACGGUAAUUUAGACUAUAAACCAUAACCUGGUCUGAAGGAGAUUACAGUGUUUUUGUCAGCUUCUGUCCUUUGUUUAAGCUUUGUUCUUGUGCAGGCUUUAGUCUCGCUUUUAGACAUUAAUAUUGAUGUGUUUAGCUUUGAUCUUUAGGUAGAUUAUCACUUGAUGGCAACUUUGUUUUUCUGUUUUUGUUGCACAGCAACAAGAAAGAAGGAGUUGAUGUAAAAUCAAGUAUGCUAAUCUUCACUUGAGGUGCAUAUCCUACAUACAUUUUAGUGCCUCUCACAAGCACUAAGUAUUAAAGGCCUCUUUAAGCAAUAUCAAUCUGCAAUAAUCUAAUAAUAAUAAUCUAAUGAUUCAUAUAUUUCUGACAGUUAAAGUAAAACAGACUCGUUGCUGCUACAGUACAUGGACCAGUUGUGCUCAUGGGUGCAGUUUCCUGCUUUAUUCACACUUCAGACAAGUUGAAACUUAUAUAGACUGUGUACAAUGAAAUUGGCUGCUUCUGAUAUGACUGAGUUACAAACUUGUUUUUUUUUCUUUUAGUUAAGAAUUAAGUAAUAAUACCUAAAUCUCUAAAGCAAUAAGAACAUUGAUUAGGGUGAGUGCAGCCAGAUUAUGGAAAAAAAGCUUUGUUUUCUUUAUGGUAUAUACGUGAAUACAAACUGCUAAUUGUGUUCUUUGCUUGAUAGUGAAUUCAUUAAUGAACCCAUUAGGAACUCUGCUUUUCCUAGCAUGCUAGAACUUGGCAAAUGAAACCAUCACUCAUCCGGUUCCUGAUAAGGCUGUAGAAAUAGCACAAGGUGACUUUAGAGAUGAUUCAUUGUCUGCUGUGUUCAAUUUAUUGUCAUUUAAUACAUGAGUCAUUAUGAAUCAGGCAGGAGCGUCCAAGCAAAGUUUGGUAAUAGAGCAGGCAGGGACUCGCUUUUUCUUUUGGAUGGUUAUCCACAGUGCUUUUCUAAUCCCAGUAAAGGUACUCAUGCAAAUGACAGUGUCCAGAAAGGAAACAUUUAGAGGAGCUGAGGUGUUUCAUAGUGGUCCGUGUGUGUAGUAUUUUAUCAAUUUUCAAAUGGUAAAAGAAAGAUGCUUUUCUAAUGCUAAGUGCUUCUUUUUGCUUUCAAAUAAGCAUUUGCAUGUGGAAAACAAGCUGUGUUCCUGUUUCUUUUCUCCUGAUUUGCUUAGAAAACAAAAGGCCACAAGCCAGAGUGGGUAGCGCAGGAGGGACUUUAGCGCAAACUCUUUAUUUUCAGGGACACAUUAACAACGUUAGCUACACUUGGGGCAUUCUUUUAACUUCAGCUAAAGUAGUCAUACAGGUGUGUCUCUUUGGGACACAUCUGUUCUUUAAACACAAGACGCGUCCUCAUUUAUCAUACUGAAAGUGUCGUCAUAGGAGUUGUAGGGACUGAAGAGGAGAUAGGAAAUGUUGAUUUAUUGAAAAAUUGGACUUUGCUCUGUGGCUCUUACUGGCUUCAACACGUCUAUACGAAUCUCCUCAGUUGUCCUCACCCCUCUCCAACAGUGACCAUGUCCAGGGAGGCCUCGAUUUGGGUCCAUACUAUUGCAACCAGGUGUGCAUGGAGCCACUGGAUGGAGAGGGUGAACGUCCAGUGAGCCUGGUGUCCUCCCUGUCCUCUGGUUCAUCCCGUGAUAGUCACAGUCUUUUCGGGAGCACAGCAGUCCUUCCUUCCUCCACCACACCGCCUAUUCCAAGUGAAGAGGACAUAGAUUUGGAGCUGAGCCCAGCUGAAGGCACCAGAGAGCAGGCUGGGAACCAGAGUCCCACCCUUUCAGGUUCUAGACAUCGCUGGCAGGAACAGCUGGAGGCCAGGUUGAUCACCAGCCAGUGGAAUAACAACAACGGCACGGCCAACAGGAAAGCGACUGGUGAAAUACUUCACAUCCCCUGUUCGCCUGUCGUCGCGGAUGCCAUGGCGCCCAACCCAAAGCUGACCUAUGUGGACCGGGUUGUCAUGGAGAUCAUGGAGACGGAGCGCAUGUACGUCAAGGACCUGCGCAGCAUCGUAGAGGAUUACUUGGCUCACAUUAUCGAUAUAGGCAACCUUCCCAUACGGCCAGAACAAGUGUGUGCUCUUUUUGGAAACAUAGAGGACAUCUACGAGUUCAACAGUGAGUUGCUGGAGUCUUUGGACAUGUGUGAAAAUGAUCCCGUGGCUAUCGCUCAGUGUUUUGUAAAUAAGAGUGAAUACUUUGAAAUCUACACCCAGUAUUGCACCAACUAUCCCAAUUCAGUGGCAGCACUGACCGACUGCAUGAGGAGUAAAACUUUGGCCAAGUUUUUCAGGGAUCGACAGGCCGUUUUGAAGCGCUCCCUUCCUUUGGGCUCUUACCUCCUAAAGCCAGUUCAGAGGAUACUGAAAUAUCACCUGCUGCUUCAGGAAAUUGCAAAGCACUUUGACCCAGACGAGGAAGGCUACGAGGUCAUUCAGGAGGCCAUAGACACCAUGACAGGGGUUGCUUGGUACAUCAACGAUAUGAAGAGGAAGCACGAACACGCUGUCAGAGUGCAGGAGAUCCAGUCUCUUCUGAUCAACUGGAAGGGGCCUGACCUGACCACCUACGGAGAGCUUGUGCUAGAGGGCACCUUUCAUGUGCUAAGGGCGAAGAACACCCGCACUCUCUUCCUCUUUGAAAAGAUGCUCCUUAUUACCAAAAAAAGAGGAGAACACUACGUCUACAAGAUCCAUAUCUUGUGCUCCACCCUAAUGCUACUUGACAGUGCCAAGGAUCCCCUGCUCUUCAGUGUUAUCCACUUCAAGCGUCCCAAGCAGCCUCACACAGUGCAGGCCAAGACUGUAGAAGAGAAGCGUCUCUGGGCCCAUCACAUCAAGAGGCUCAUACUUGAAAAUCACAGCACCAUCGUUCCACAAAGGGCAAAAGAAGCCAUUCUGGAUACUUCAAACUAUCUGGGGAAGUACCAGUAUAGCCCUGAGAAGCUGAAGAAGGUGGAGUCCUGCCAGCCUGAUGACUUCCAUCUCGAAGGAAGAAAUGGGAGAAGGAGAUCAGAGCCAGCCAAACAAAUCAGAAGAAGCACAAAAGCUGUUUUGAAGCACGCAGACAGUGAGGGGGCACUGCUGGGGGCUAGAUGCUCCCUUCAGCCGGCCACUAGUGUCAGUACGCUGACCUCCAGUCUAGGGGAACCCCAGGCUGAGAGCCCGUGUGUGGAGGAUCUAAUGCUGAGAAGAGACUCUCUGGAGGAGCUAAGUCCUACUGACAGGGACCCGAAACAGGGCUAUUUACCCAGUGAGGGGGGGCUGGAGCCAGAGAAGGCUGUGGAGGAGCAGGAUGUGGAAGAUGGGGAGAGCUACAAGGAAGAUAUACUGAUGGGAGACGACCAGGUAGCCGACUUUGCCAGCUCAGUGCUCGCAGCCAUCUCCUGCUGGCACUAUAGAGCCAGGUCUUUGCUUUCUACUCACUUCACAACGGAUGAUCAGAACGAAGAUAUUGCUGAGCUGAAAACUCUGACAAGAGAGGAGGUGGAAAAACAUGAGGCUGAUGCUCUGAAAGAAACUUGCAGCUUGCAGGUCAGUAUGCAGGAGCCGUGCAAUCUAGACCGUCUUCCUCAAGUAAAUGAGAGCAAUCAGCUGGAAGAGGAUCGCUUCCAGUGCCCUGAGUCUCCUGUGACCCCCUCAGAACAAGAAACGGAGACCUCAGGACCUCAGGAUAGCUCAAGGGAAACUGGAGAGGAAGAAGAAGGAGAGAGUGAUUCCUCUGGUCUUCAAGUGGAGGAGGCGAGUGUACUGACAAAUGGAGAGCUCUCAGAAGAGGAAGAGGAGGAAAUUUCGGGUAAUGAAAGCAUCCUACCUUCCUCUGUGCUAGACCAGGCGAGUGUGAUAGCCGGACACUUCAGGGGCAGCCUAUCUAGACGGAGCAGUGUAAUGUCAGAGGACAUGGGUUCACUUGUCUGCCCCUCAGAGUCCGUGGAUGAUGAUGCCGUCCACAGCCCUUCAGCUUGCAUGGAUUUUGAGAAACAGACCCAAAUGCUGCUCAGCUCCUCAGCAGAGCUGAAAACUAGCUCAGAGGCUAAUCAGUCAGUUCCUGUGCGUGAACUUGGGCUGAAUGAAGGGGAACGCAGGUCUACGCUCUCCAAACAAGAUCGCCUCCUCAUCCACAAAAUUCGACAGUACUACGAGCACGCUGAGCACCAAGAUGCUAACUUCAGCAUCAGGCGCAGGGAGAGUCUGUCUUAUAUUCCAGCAGGUCUGGUCAGGAACUUGAGCCAACAGCUUAAUGAUAAUCCUGCUCCUCAGGAGAGGGCCGUCCCAGCUCUUAGGAAAGGUCUCUCUCAGAACAGGCCUACAUCUUGGUCUGUGUUUGACCUUCCUGGAUUACAAACAAGUCAAAACACUGGAAAUUAUCUACCACAGAGAUCAGUCGAGGCCCAGGCUAGUUGUAACAGCAUUUCAGACAAUUCAGGCACAGAAGAGGAAUUCAGGCCUUCAUCAGAAAUGCUCAAGGUUUGGCAAGACAUGGAAAAUGAGGGACAGAGCCAGGAAGCCCAGCAGGAUGCACAGGAGAAAGUUAGUGAGUCAUUAUUAGAAGUGGCACACCACAGCUCUGAUACUUCAGAUGCUAAAACCGAUAAGCAACCACCUCAGGUUCUAGACGAGUCUGAAAUGAGCACCGCUUCCAAUACCCUCUCCACGUUGUCACCUAUCCCAACUUGCCAAGCAGUGGAAGGAGGAUCUGGUCAGGGCUCCGAGACCCCGGUGUUUCAAGAGAUCGGUAAAGACAACCAAGGUCAACUACCUAAGAUCAUUAGCUUCCGAACAAGCAUGGAUGACGACCAGAUCCUUCAAGACAUGGGAAAGAUGAAGAACAAGGUGUUCCAGUUGGCUCGUCAGUACAGCCAGCGCAUUAAAAAUAACAAACCCGUUGUCUGGCAGAGGAGCCAAGAAACUGCAAACCAGGAAGCCUUCAGGGACAUGCCUGCUGUCCACGAGGAGAAGCUGCAGCUUAGAAAAAGGGGUAAACCAAGCCUAAGAUUGCCCACGAAUGCUUGCAGUCAAGCAGUUAUCCCUGAACUCCAUUCUCCAAGUCCAGUCCUGACUCCCAGCUCUGGAGCCAGCUCCCAGAGCACAAUUACCUGCCCGCAGAGCCCGGAGAUGGAGACCUUCCAUUGGCCUGAUGUUCAGGAGCUGCGCUCCAAAUACUCGGAUGCAUCCCACUCCUCAAAAAUAACCCAUAGCUGCACAGUCGUGAGUGGGAUGGACAGGUGUAAUGGCUGUGAACAUAAAUACAGUAGCUCCUCAGAUCUUCGUAGGUCUGUGACAGACCCUGACACACUUCGAAAGCAAUCUGAAACCACACGCAGUGACGGCUCCGUAGUAGAAGACUGGCCCCCACACCAGAAACGCUCUCGACUCUAUCCCCUGCUGUGCAGGUGGAAAUCUUUGGACCAUAUGCCUGUGUCUUUACCCCUUCAUGAAGUACAGAACCUUCAGGAACCUGCCAGGACCUGCCUUAAGGUCAGCCAAGCACAAGAAGGAGAUAACCUCUGUCCAGAGGGCGUAGACAGUGCAGCAAAGUCUGAUCUCCUGAGUUCAGGGAAGACCUCAGAGAGCAAACUUGUGAGAAGCUUACGAGAGAAAUUCCAGAACUUAAGCACAAGUUCAUGAACAUGUGAUUUAUGUAUAUUUUUAUUAGAAUUUUGAAACAUUAUCUGGCAAAUAUCUCAUACUUGUCCCAACACCCAUAUUUCAUGUUAAUUCUCUAAAAGAAUCCAACUUUGUGACUGUGCAGUGUUUUUACUAUCGGAGACACCCUGACAUGAUCGCAGCACGGUGUGACACCAGAGACAUAUUAAUGGCUAUUGUCUUCUUAUAAAAUAUGAAUUACAAUAUUUACACACUGCACAAAGUCUAUGUAGAAAUGUGUAUAAAAUCUCCUGUAUGAAAUGGGAAAACUGGUUGUACUUUAUUAUAUCCAUGUUUUUGGUUCCCAAUGUUAGUGAUUCUCGCUACAGUCAGUAUAGCAAUAUUUCUGUGUAACUGUCAGGGAAGCUCUGACUGAUGUCAGCUCUGCUAUUAGCACAGCCUGUGUCCAAAUACCAAAGAUUGCUGCCAUUUUUUGUUACUUUUGUUUUUAGCAACUGAUCCUAGCAGUCGUUUGCUUUGUCAUUUACUGUAGCUGCUUCUAAAACGUGUGAAACAUCACUGGAGCUUUAGCGUUCUCAGCAAGUUGUAUAUUUUCUUAAACAUUAUUUAUAAAACUGUAUAUUUGGGAAAUUUUGGCCUCUUGUAAAUACUAAUAAUGCACUGUUUCAUACUCUGUUUCCCAUAUUUUGAAUAAAAACAGAAAUGUCUUUGUCA